AUGAAAUAUUAAUCAUUGAGUAACGAUAUUAGGAGGGUAAAAAAAAUAGAAAAGAAUAAAGAAGAUUAAUUGAAUAAGUUAAUAAGCAAUAUUGGAUAAGAAAUUUAAUAAAAGUAACAAUAUUAAUUAUAUAAAUAGUAUAGAUGAUCCAUAUAAAUAUUUGAUUAAAAGAAAUUAUUCAAUAGAAGAUAGAACUGCAGUAAAAAGAGAUAAUGUUUAAUAACGUAGACCAUAAGGGAGUAUGUCUAUAGCUGAAAUAUGGACAAAGAAGAUGAAAAAACAAUGUGAUAAAAUAUUAUAGGAGAUGAAAAAGAAAUAAAAUAGAUAAAUGUAAAUUGAAUUUAUUUAAAUAGACUUGAUUUAUCAAAAUAAUAAUCUAUAGAUAAUAGAUAAAUUGAAGAAUCCAUUUAAUGUAUACAAUAAUUCCAUAUAUAAAGCUCCUUAGAAUGCUAGUGUAAUUAUAGAACAAUUAGGAUUAAAAGCUUUAAUGGGCAAAACUAAAUACAAAAAUAAAAAUAGAAAAGUAAUCUAGUCUCCAUAAGUAAAAUCAAUCUCAUAAUCAUAAAUUGUGACUUAAUCUCCUGAACCUAUUAGAAAUAGAUUUGCUUCCAAUUUUCAUUUUGAACCUAUCCAAUAUUCACCUAUUAAAUAAUAUCAUCAUAAUAGUCAAAGUACCAGCAGUAGUACUAAAAAUUUGUAUAACGUAAUAAUAUUAGUAAUAGAAUCAAUAGCAAUUUUAGAAAAUAUAGUAUCAAUAAUGAAAUUAGAAGAGAAGUCAAUAAAUGUAUUUAUGAAUGCGAUUCAUUAAUUCAAAACUAUAAAGAUGUUGAUAAGUAUUAAUUAUCAUUAUAUUUAUAGAAAGUUGAAUUAACCCUAAAAAAGUCGUUUAGAUAUUUUUGUUGAAAAAUAGAGAAAGGAAGCAUUAGAAGAACUAAUAUUUAUUGAAAGAAAUAAACCUAAAUAGAAAUAUUGA